AUGGGAAAUGAUCAGCCUGUAUCUGCCUCUACAUCAGAAAUAGAAGCAAGACCAUCAAAAGUAUCAAAGGCCAGAAAGAAAGCUGCCCAGAAAAAAACCAACAGGAAAAGCCAUGCAGAUACACGCAGGGUGCAGGACCAUGAUCAGGCUCUUCCAGGGAGGAAAAGAACGUUAGCUUCAGUUUGUAAACAAUGGCAACAAAAACCUUUUAAAUGUCAGGAGUGUGGGAGAGGCUUCAGAGUUCCUUCUGAGCUUGCUAGGCACCAUAGAGUUCACACCAGAGAGAAGCCUUUUUCAUGUCAGCAGUGUGACCGUAGCUGCAGGUGGAAGUCAGAUCUCAAAAUCCAUAUCCUGUCACACCAAGGAAUAAAGCUAUAUAAGUGCUCUUGGUGCCAGAAAAGCUUUACUCAUAACACAAACUUACAUACACACCAAAGAAUUCAUACAGGAGAGAAACCCUUUAAGUGUCUGGAAUGUGGGAAAGCAUUCACUCAGAAAUCUCACCUCCUUAACCACCAGGUAGUCCACACUGCUGAGCAGCCCUAUGCAUGUAGCCUGUGUGAGAGAAAGUUUAACAGGAAGUCAAGCCUUCUCAGACACCAGAACAUACAUGGUCAGGUAAACAGCUAGAGCUGUCAGUCAGAGGGAAAUCAGCACAGAGCAGUGACAGACUGUAGAGAAGAUUAGGAGUUUCCCAGUAAGCAUCUGUUAUGAAAAGGAAAUUUGGGAGAGCUGUGUUUUGUAGCACAGAAAGGAAUCUGCAUUGC